AAUUUCGAGAAUCGCCUCGCUUUUAAAAAUAAGUCCGAAGAGUGGCCAUGUUGUCAUCGCAGCAGCCCUACAUAAGGCGUGGAUGCACGCCGUCCUCAAUUGCCCUGAAGAUUGGUUUACCUGUCUUGGUUGUACUCGUUAUUAUCAUCGUGGUGCUGUUUGCUGGAGUCUCGUGGGGUGAUCGAGAUCACAAGCCUCCUGAAGUAGUGAACCUCACACUGGUGUCAGCGGAAAACGGAACGUUUACCGUGUCUUGGGAGAAGCCUGAAGGUAUCGUCGACCAGUAUUGGGUCCGAGUUAGCGCUGUUGCCGCCAGUGGCAUCGACGAUGGUAACGGAGAGCGCAGGGCUGGACUCUGCUCCAAUGGCACAAUCCUCAUGCCCGAUGUUACGCAGCUGACGUGUGGUGGCGUUGCACCGUGUACGAACCUUACUGUCACAGUGCACGUUCUCAACUUUCCCCGCCGGAGCAGUUCUACUAGCAGUUCCGAUGGCGUACGACUGCCCAUCUUCUUUCCGGGAUACGCUCCGGACCCUCCGAGCAACAUCUCCUUCUACAAAUACAAAUCGGAACCAAUGGAAACCCAAAUAUUCUGGGACUCGGUGCCUUCCCGUUCAGGAGACGUGGUCCUGUACGACGUCAGACUGUGUGACGCGUCGGGACCCUGCGACAGCGUCAACCCCGGUGAAUAUAUUUAA